AUGGCGUCACGUACCAUUGUGCCUUCAUUGCUCUCCCCUCAUGAACGCAACAACGAGCGAACAAAUCAGACCAAGACAUUGAACGGUUGGAACCUCCGCGUCAGGUGUGCAACUCAAUCCCCGUUACCAGAGCAUGUCUCCCCCUUAAAGCGCGCUGCUGUGGUUAAUUCCAUGCCGGAGAAAUAUCGAACAACGUUCCUUGCCCACAAUCGAAAGAAAAAGACGCUAAACUACUACGACGAGAAUGGACAAAUCCGCUGGAAUUAUAUAGAGGGUGUUUUGAAGGCAAAGAGUUCUGAAUCAGAUCGAGAAGCCGUGGGUUUCAGCGUACGUCAAUCAAAGUUCGAGCAUUAUCAUGGCGUUCCCGACAAGAGACCACCACAGAUUUCCAGAACUACAAAAGAGAAAGCGGCCAUCUUGAAGAGUCACAACCAGAAGUGGGCGGCGGUACGAUCUCAUUUGACGACAGGCACGGAAGCUGCCAGUCCAGCACACGAAGCCGACAAGGAAGCAACAAGUACAAUACACAGCCACGAUAGAGUCAUGAGUGAGAAGGAGCAAAAGGAGUAUGACAAGAUGUGGGGGAGCUCGUAA